AUGUCAAUGCCGGUGAAUAUGGAUCAUGCCCAGCACAAUGAGCCUUCUGCUCUACUACCUUCCUUCAUUCAAUCGUCUGCCGCUAUGAAAGGCCUGGAAUCCUCCAACGAUCCUUCGUUCAUGUUCAAUGGAGCACUCCGUCCAGCGUUAAAGGCUGGACAUCUCGCGGCGUUUGACGAGAACUCUGGCAAUCCUUCACCUGCUCGACAAAGUCCGGCGGAGUCUACGCCUGAGAUAGCCAAUGCGAUCAGUGGCAGGCUGAAUCUCGAUUCUGUCUCCGACGAAGAGGAUGAUGACGACAGCGUCAUGGAUGAUGUCUCCGACGACGUCUACUUCGAUGAGUUGCCACCCCAUGGCCUUCCAAUAUCUAGCCUGCCGACUGGAUUGUGUUAUGAUGAGCGCAUGCGAUAUCACGCCGAAGUCGCUACCAUCAAUGAAUCAAACUAUCAUCCUGAGGAUCCGCGUCGAAUCUUCUUUAUCUACAAAGAGCUAUGCGAAGCUGGCUUAGUAGACGACUUGAAGUCUAGGAAACCAUUAGUGAGGCAACCACUUUUUCGGAUUGAUGCCCGAGAAGCUACAGAAGAGGAGUGCUGCCUUAUCCAUACACCGAAGCAUUACGAGUUUGUCAAGCAUACAUCCGAAAUGGACAAUGACGAGCUCAUUGAGCUAUCGGAAGCAUCCCAUCUGGACUCUAUUUAUUUCAACAAGCUGUCUUAUUUCUCGUCUAAGCUCAGUGCUGGAGGUGCUAUUGAGACAUGCCGGGCAAUCUUCCAAGGCAAAGUGAAAAACGCCAUAGCAGUCAUCAGGCCCCCUGGUCAUCAUGCUGAAGUUUCUUCCACCAUGGGAUUCUGCUUGUUCAACAAUACCUGCAUUGCAUCCAGGGUCUGUCAGAACGAAUUUCGAGAGAAAUGCAGAAAGAUCCUUAUCCUAGACUGGGAUGUGCAUCAUGGAAAUGGCUGUCAGAAGGCGUUUUACUCUGACCCUAACAUCCUUUACAUCUCAAUCCAUGUUCAUAUGGAUGGCAAAUUCUAUCCUGCUGGUGAUGAUGGAGAUAUGCUUCAUUGCGGAGCUGGACCGGGCUUGGGAAAAAACGUUAAUAUACCCUGGUUGACUAAGGGAAUGGGUGAUGGUGAUUAUAUGUAUGCAUUCCAGCAGGUUGUCAUGCCUAUUGCACAGGAGUUUGACCCUGAUUUUGUGAUUGUUGCUGCUGGGUUUGAUGCAGCGGCUGGAGAUGAGCUCGGAGGCUGCUUCGUAUCUCCUGCGUGCUACGCACACAUGACGCAUAUGUUGAUGACAUUGGCUGGCGGAAAGGUAGCUGUUUGUCUUGAGGGUGGAUAUAACUUCAGAUCAAUUUCCAAAUCUGCUCUGGCUGUGACUAGAACGUUGAUGGGUGAGCCGCCGGACCGACUUCUUCCCACCGCUGCCACAAACUCUGCUGUGGAGAUUGUGCGGCAAGUCUCAAUGAUACAAUCUAAAGUGUCGACUAACUGGCUGUACAAAGAUCCGGUAAAUGGGGUUGUGUUUGGCGAACGAUUGCAUGAUAUCAUACGAGAAUGGCAGGCGAAGCACCUUUAUGACGAAUACAAACUCUCAAACUUGCACGUCUUCCGAAGCAAGAUAUCUAAAUCAUUCAAUUAUCAGGUGCUGGCGACGCCUGUCUUUGACGAAAAGAAGAGCCUCCUUGUCAUCAUGCACGAUCCACCUGAAAUGAUGGGCAUUCCUAACGCUAUAUCGGGCCAACUCGAACUACAUAAUACCUGGCUGGCUGAUGAAGUCAAGGACUAUAUCAAAUGGGCGGUCGACCAUUCAUUUGGCGUUAUUGAUGUCAAUAUUCCGGAAUUGAUUACGACUAACAUAGGCGACCAGCCCAGCUCCUAUCUGAAGCCGAACAACGAAGAGGCACAAAAGCAAGCUGAGAAGCUCGCUGGAUAUCUGUGGGAAAAUUAUAUUGAGCCCUCUGAAGCUGAAAACCUUUACUUUAUGGGAGUGGGAAAUGCCUUUCAUGGCAUUGUAAAACUCCUGUGUGACAGAGACAGUGUACACCAGCGUGUUACCAGUGUCAUCGUCUUCAUCAAUGACAACCCAGUUCGGCCCGUCCACAGUAACGAAAACCCUUCUCUAUCACGAUGGUAUAGCCAGAACAGCAAUGUCUUCGUGGCUCACACGCACUCUUUGUGGUCUAAAACCGACCGGAAGAUGUCGCGUCGCUACGGGAAAGUCGAAAGAUCACCCGGUACAACGCUCAAUGAAAUGCUGAUUGUGCACCGGGAUCAGGUGUUUGGCUUGUUAGCAGAGCGAAGUGGAUCAAACCAAAUAGAGCCUGGAGAAAGAAUGAACGAGACUGAUGACCUUGUAAUGAGCUUGGAAAAGUCGGACGUCCAGGACAGACUUGCUCACGAACGUGGGUGA